CCACAUUAUCUCAGCAAAACCAUGAUCCAAUCCUUGAACUCGAACUGAGUCGUACUGGUAACUAUAAUUGUCCGUAACUCCGUGUCUCUCACUUUGAUCUGAAACUGACAUGAAAACUUGAGUUACGAUAACGCAAAGUGCAUGUUCUUCGACACACUUUUUGACACUAACAAUGGAUUCUCCUCCUCCUCCUACGCCACCACCACUACAACAGCUACCGUUUCAAGUUCUGCCCAGAAGAAGUGAGCUCUCUUCACAGAACAUACAGUUUCUUGAUCAAAAUUUAGUAACCCAUCAAGAUCUACUCGUCAGGGCUCCUCUCCUCUUAUCUGAUUUAACAAAAGAACGCUCCAAUUUCGAUGCCCAUCUUUUGAACUUACGGAGAAAACUCACCGAACUGGCUGUUUCGUGGAUUUCUCGCUCGUUUAGUGCUAAAUCAUCACUUUCCAAAGUCAAUUUCAUGCUGGAAAAUCUGAGUCUCCAAACCUCUCAAUAUGGGAUUGGUUCAUGGAAAGUAGGGAAGGUUCUGGUUGAGGAGAUCCCAAAACUUGCUAAACAGGUUCAAAGAAUUGAAAAUAUACUGAAAUAUAUUGAUACUGCCUUGCAGUUGGAAGCUCUGGUUGGAGAUCUUGAAGAUGGGGUUUUCUGUGUCGGUGGUCUCCAUGCUCGGAAUUUGUUUUCAGAAAAGCGCCAAAUUUCUUUGAAGUCAAUGGACUUUGGACCAAAGCUAGAAAGGAUACUUGAAGCCAUAAAAACGAUGAACAACAUUGAGGAAGUAUUGGUUAACAUUAAGAAAUUUCAAGCUCGGUGGCAUCGUCUUUUGGAAUCUGUUGAUGCUAGAGUUGAUAAAAUUUUAGUUGUUGUUCGGCCACAAGUUCUUGCUGAUCACCGGGCUCUUCUUUCUUCCCUAGGCUGGCCGCCCAAACUUCUAACACCAAAAAUAGACAGUGGGGAUAUUGCUGGCCUUUCGUAUCCACUGGUUUUAAUGCAAGGAGACAAAAUUAAAUGUUAUUCUCAAACAUUUUUAGCUCUUUGUUCUUUGCAGCAUCUGCAGAGACGAAGGGAAGAUCGACAGCAUAACAUUAUCGAACAAAGGGAGUGUGGCAUAGGGCUUUGGGCCAUUGAUGAACUAGUUUCUCCCAUUGCAUCACGAAUGGAAUACCACUUCUCUAAAUGGGCUGAGCAGCCUGAACUUAUUUUUGCUCUUGUCUAUAAGAUUACAAAAGACUUUAUUGAAGGAGUAGAUGAUGUUUUGCAGCCUUUGAUUGACAAAGCAAGGUUGAGGAGCUGCAGUGCUAAAGAAGCGUGGGUUUCUGCAAUGGUCCAGAUGCUUUCCGGGUUUCUAGCAAAAAGCGUUUUUUCUGUUCAUGCUGAAAGAUACAAGGAUAAACAAGUUAGAUCAGAAGUAAGUACAUCAUGGCUUCAUUUGAUAGACCAUAUUGUUUCUUUUGACAAACGGAUGCAGUCACUUUUAAGCUCAGAAACUCCUUUCUUCUUAGAGGAGCCUAAAAGGUUUGAAGGGCUCUCCAGAGGCCUGUCAGUGUUAACAAUAUUUUGUGAUAGGCCAGAGUGGCUCAAGAUUUGGUCUACAAUAGAGCUGAAGGAUGCAUGGAAGAAAAUAAAACCUGUACUGAAAGAUGAAAGAGCUUGGAUAAUUGAUAAGGAAUGUGAUGUUGUAGUUGGUACAGAAUCUAAAUAUUUUGUACUAUCUUCUAGAGGAGACCAUAAAGCUCCAAUAGUAGCAGAAUCAGCCCUGAAAAUAGCCUGGGAGAUGAUUGAACGAUGCCAAACUUUGCCUUCUCUUCAACACCGUAUUCGCUUUAUCAGAUCAACUUCGGCGAGAUUCUUUUGGUAUUUUCUUAAUGGAUUGGUCUUGCGGUGCAAGAAUACUGACUUUUCUCUUGAAAAUGUGGAUGCCUCCUUAAUCAAGGUAUGUGGAUCAAUCAAUGCUGCUAGAUAUAUUGAAUCUAAACUGCAAGAGUGGAGUGAUGAUGUUAACUUUUUAGAGAUGAGAAUUGCUGAAAAGGAUUUUGACAUUGAUGGAAAUAAUGAAGUUUUGGGUGAUAGUUGCUUCUUUGGGGAAGAAAUCAAAAGUUUGGAAGAGCUUAUGACUAACUGGCUCAUGGAGAUAAUCACUGCUCUUCUUCAUCAUUUUGAAACCCUUUCCUGGGAAUAUCUGCAAAAUGGGAGAUUUUUUGUGCAAGAGAGAGAUGUGAAUUUAAAUAGAGUUCCAGCAGUCACCGAUUUAGCAGUAUCAUUUGGCAUUGUACAAGCAUUGGAUGCUCUGAAAAGUCAGCUUCAUCUUGGUAAGACGAGUCUCAACCCGAAAGACUUCUUGGAUUUAUGGAGAAGUGUUGCUGAUGCGCUUGAUCAAUUUGUUUCUCGCAGCAUUUUCACAAGUGGUAUUCGAUUUUCUAAUGAAGGGAUCAAUCAGUUUGAUUCUGACAUGCAAGCACUGUUCCAUGUUUUUCAACCAUUUUGUUCUCGCCCUGAAGCAUUUUUCCCUAGUAUUAGAGAAAUUCUUAAGCUGUUAAAAAUGAGCAAGGAAGAAGCAAAACUUUUGCUAGUAGCUUUAUCCAAAAAUAAAAAUGGGACGAAAUGCUUGCAUUCUCUAGGAAUUUCACACUUAUCUUUUGAUCAAGUUGACAAAGUUUUGAGUAAUAGAAGGUGUAGAUCUUGGUCUUGAUUUUUUCCUUAAGAUCAACGCAAUGUGAUUCAUAAAGAUUAGUAAUAUAGUUGUACAUUCUCUGAAUCCUUUUGCUAAUGAUUUGUGUGGAAACAAUAAAUUUGGAUGAACUGGCUGCAUGUAAUCAGGGGAUAUACAAGCUCUUGAUCCUUGUAAUAUUUUUGUUCACAAUCUUCAGUGGUCGAACCAGAGAGUUACUCUUGUUGAGAAUUGGGCAAUAA